CGAAACAAUUCAGUGGUUUUAGGAGAGUGAAUUACUAUUUAAUACUUAAAAAAUGAACAAAUCUUUUUGGCCAUUAAUGAACGCUUUGAAAUCACGGACUGUGGUGCCAUUGAGCCGAUCUCAUUUCACAUAUUAUCCUGACAAGGCUUCCAAGGAGGUUGCAUCCAGUGGCAAUGUCACCGAAAAAAUGAAUAUGUUUCAAGCGAUCAAUAAUGCUAUGGACUUAGCACUUGCGCAAGAUUCAAAAGCGUUACUAUUCGGUGAAGAUGUUGGUUUUGGUGGAGUAUUUCGAUGUUCAAUGAAUCUCCGCGAUAAAUAUGGUAAAGAGCGCGUUUUUAAUACACCACUUUGCGAGCAAGGAAUAGCUGGUUUCGCCAUUGGUGUUGCAAAUGUAGGCGCCACAGCCAUUGCCGAAAUACAAUUCGCUGACUACAUUUUCCCAGCUUUCGACCAAAUUGUUAAUGAAGCUGCUAAAUACCGUUACCGCAGUGGCGGUAUAUUUGAUUGUGGCUCUUUGACCUUUCGUGUUCCAUGUGGUGCGGUUGGUCACGGUGCUCUUUAUCAUUCUCAAAGUCCGGAGGCAUACUUUGCACAUACGCCCGGUUUGAAGGUAGUUAUUCCUCGUGGGCCGAUCAAGGCUAAAGGAUUACUAUUAGCUUGCAUACGGGAACCUGAUCCAUGUAUUAUAUUUGAACCAAAAACAUUGUACCGAGCUGCCGUGGAAGAAGUGCCCACAGGCGAUUACGUCUCUGAAUUAGGCAAAGCAGAAGUGCUGCGCAAGGGUAAAGAUGUAACUUUAAUAGCAUGGGGAACCCAAGUGCAUGUACUACUUGAGGUAGCAGAAAUAGCCAACAAAGAAUUUCAAAUUGACUGCGAAGUCAUUGAUUUAGUCUCUAUAUUGCCAUGGGAUCGUGACGCAGUGUAUAAGUCGGUCAAAAAAACAGGUAGAGUUAUUGUUGCGCAUGAAGCACCACUUACUCAAGGUUUUGGAGCUGAGCUGGCUGCAUCUAUACAAGAGAAUUGUUUUCUGCGCCUGGAAGCACCAGUAAAACGCGUUACUGGUUGGGACACACCGUUUCCGCAUGUUUUUGAACCAUUUUACUUGCCUGACAAAUAUCGAUGUCUAGCAGCCAUAAAAGAAUUGGUGAAUUAUUAAAACUCAGAAGCCGUAAAUUCAACGAUAUUUAUUAAAGAUGCUUAAAUUUUGGAAACGGAUGCAUUUACUUAUGUAUAUUUUUGUAUUUAUACGAAUGGGAUUUUCUACUUUUUAUUGUAAACAUGUGCAAUUAUUAUACAUAUUAGUUUAAGAUUAAAAACAAGGCAAUUAACAACUGCAA